AUGGCAGGCGAGGAUAUUGCCGACGUCUUCGCAGCUCCGGAUCUCUGGAAAACGUCCCGAUGGGUAGAAGCAUCACCCCUGCGCCAGCAUGAGUUCUUCGACCUCGACCUGAAGCGGCUCAACUCGUCACACUUGGUGCAAGCAAGUGACGAUGAGAUCACAGACGGACAGUCUAACGAGUUCUUCGGCCUACCCACCAUCUGGGAGCCUGUGGUGCUGAAGCGGAGGCGGGAUGAGUCCGACGAUGAGUUAUCACCUUCUCCUGGAGCCCCUCGGCAGGCCACCCAGCAGGAUAUUGACCUAUUCAAUGAUGCUUGUAUAGGACGACCGGAGACCCCUCCGGUCCCGGGAUAUAAAAGCUGGGAUGGAUUUGCAUUGCCUGACAUCCCGCCUGUCGAGCCUCUAUUCAUAACUGAAGCCGGUGCACGCUCGUAUGAUGUGGCACUGCUCUCGCCGGAUGAUCCACUCGGCAUACAGGAGAGCGACCACCACCUCGUGGAAACGAGCCCAUAUAUCACUGCCCUUUUGGCACUGGCUCUUGGCCGCACGUCGAUAUUCUUUACUUACGAUGAGAAGGCUAAGGUAUUUGUACCCGAGCUGGACAAGCUGCGGAUAUCAGGCUUCUCGUCAAAAGUACUGCAAGCCCUACAAAGCAAAUGUCUUCAGUCCGGGAAUAUCUCGCGUUUUCUCUACGUCUUCGUUCAGAUCAUGUACAGGACUCAUCCAUCGGCAGCCAGGAUAGCCUUGGCAAAAGCCGUUGACAGUCUUCUUCUGGUCAUCCAGACGAAGCUGGGAUAUCGAGCCCGAAAAAUUGGCUCCUUGCUGCAGCUCCAAGCUGCAGUGCAACCGGUCCACACCAUCUUGGCCCAUUUCGAGUCGCUGGUCACCAAACUCAACAAAGGAAGAACGGACGAGCAAAUGCUGUCCAUCUUGUUCGAAGAGACCCAGGCUCUGGAAGAUGGCAAUAGUCUGCUGGGCGACAUCAUGCGUGAGGUACUUGCCAGGGUCUCAGAACCCUGGGCCGACUUUACCCAAAAGUGGAUAGGAGUCAAGGCGGAGGAAGGCAAUCCCAUGACGAAAGAUGGCCCAGGGAAAAGCUUUGUCCGAGUUGAGAACGUCGUCUACAUGGACGACUUUGGCAUGGAGACUGAAGAGCCGGAUUACAUACUUGAUGCACGUCGCGUGCCAAACUUCGUGCCGGAUGAUGUUGCCCGCACAAUGUUUGAGACCGGGAAAACUUUGAGAUUGUUGCGUACUCACCACCCUGAACAUGUACUCUGCCGUACAGAGCUGGUUCAAUCAAAAGGCCCUCCCAAGCUUCAAUGGCAUUACGACUGGAGAGCCAUUGAACUCCUGCAGAGACAAGUCAACGAUUACGAAACAUCUUUGAUGCAAGCGAUUCACGACUACCGAAUUGGGCAGGUUGAGAAGACACAGGAUGAAACAAGCACGCCAAUCAUGACAUACAGUCUUGAACUCUUCGGACAGCAAGAAAGUCAAUUGGCGGACAGGCUCAUGGCGUCCAUCAAGGAGAUGAAUAAACCUCUCGAGGCGCCAAGCUCGACAGACAAGCUGUCUCAACUCAUUCAUGACCGUCUAUUCGCGGAAAAAGAAGAUCACAAGCUCCAGGGUGGAUUGGCACUCAUACCGCAUUGGUCACUUCUUCCCCUGUUGUCGUUUGGACCGCUAGUCGAGGCACAGGCAAGAUUGGUAAAUCGGGAGUACAUGAAGCUGCUGUUCAACUCGCAUAGAUUGCGCGAUCACAUCGCCUUGCAGAAAAGCUUUCAGCUGCUCGGGAACGGCUUGUUCUGUAGUCGUCUGUCUCAUGCCCUGUUUGAUGCUGAUCUCGAAACGGCAGAGCGACAAGCAGGCGUUGCUAGGAAAGGAGGUGCCAUGGGUCUUCGACUGGGCACGCGGGAUACUUGGCCUCCAGCAAGCUCCGAGCUACGCCUUGCCCUCAUGGGGGUAUUGACCGAGGCCUAUUUCCCAGCGGUUGACCUCAAGACACGCAACAGAGAGACGGACGAGCUUCCUGGAGAUUUGAGCUUUGCGGUCCGAGACCUCUCCGAUGAGGAGAUCGAAAAGUGCAUAAACCCAGGGUCUUUGGAGGCUCUAGACUUCCUGCGACUGUCGUACAAGCCACCUGCGCCACUAGCACCAAUUAUGACACCGGUGGUUCUGGUCAAGUUUGACAAGAUCUUCAAGAUGCUCCUUCGCCUGCUCCGUAUGCUACAUGUCACUGGUGAGCUUUUCCGAGACACUCUUGCCAGGACGUCACGCUGGAGCCAAGUGGAUGACGUGUGCCUGCGUUUUCGGAUUGAGGCCCAGCACUUCACCUCUAGCAUCGCUGCAUACUUCUUCGAUUCUGGUAUCGGGCUUCCGUGGAUGAAAUUCGAGAACUGGCUGGAUGAGGUGCAGUCCGGGCUCGAGAAUGACGAUAUGACGCCAAACACGGCUCCGAUCGUAAGUCCUGACGGGCUCCGCGAGCGCCAGGAGCAAGUGCUGGAUUCCAUAAUGCAUACGCUGCUAUUAAGGAAACGGCAGCAGCCUGUGCUCAAGGUCUUGGAGGAAAUCUUCACCCUGAUUCUGCGAUUUUCCAAGCUGGCUAGAACCCAGGCUCUGGGCGGGCAUCAGGAAGGCCCGGAAGAUGUAUUUGCACUCUACAGUGCGUUCAAGAAGGGAGUUGACGUCUUCAUUACCGUUUGUCGCGGCCUAAGCGAAAAGGGGGGGCAAAGCAGCAAAGCACAAAGGCAUGAUUUGAUGAGCGACGAAGGACGAACAGCCGCCAAAGAGGAGAACACGAUUGAUCGAUUACUGCUACAAUUAGAGAUGUCAGGUCACUAUGGUGGGCCUAGAAGAAAUGGAUAG